AACGGCAAACGUGUGUACAUCUACAUAUGUAUGCAUGUAUGUGUCUAUGUAUAUAUGCAUGUACAUAUGUGUGUGUGCGGAUCGUAACGGCACGCAAAGUGGCCGCCAGACCAGGCCAGGCCGACGACAACAUCCAACAUACAGUGGCAACAAGCAACAACGUCGCACGUAUUGCGGCAACAACAACAUGCAAUAAACAGCUGAUAGCAGCAACAAAUAGAAAAAGCCAACCACAGCAACAGCAGCAGUAGCAGCAACAACAACAAGGCGGUGUAUUAUCAAGCGAGCAACAACAGGUCUGAGCGAGCAGAGCGCGAAAAAUCCCCCGCGUGUCGCUGCAACCACACUCACACACACAUACGCAGAAGCACAUUUAUAGCGAGCGGCGCACACCUUUACGUUGAUUUUGGACGACGUCGACCGAAGCAGCAACAGCAGCAGCAGCAGCAGCAACUACAACAACAGCGGCGACGUUUGCUCGCAAGCUCGUGCUCUCUCGCGUACUAAAAAGUGCAGCUCAGCUGCCGCCGCACUUGCCGCUGCGCGCUGCUGCUACUACGCUUCCUCUGCCACACACACAAAAACCGCGCCGUCGCCGCCGCCUCAGUCGAAAGUCAAAAGCAACGUGUUGUGGACGCUUUUUUUUACGUCGCGUUGCGUUGCCGUUGCGUUCGCCUUUUUGCGUGCUACCAACACCUCCUCCACCACCGCCACCACCACCUGCUUCACCAUCACCAACGAUCGCCAACAUCGCUAUAGCCUCUCCUGCACCACAAGAGGCGCGCGCGCGCGCUCGCUCUAUCUAUCUCUGUUUCUCUCUCUCUCUCUCUGUCUCUAUACAAUCGAUUGUCCGUGCAGCAGGCGCAAUCUGCAACGAAUCUGUGGCAAACGUAGUGGCAACACCAUCCACCCACCCACAAAAAAACUUUCACCAUGUCCGUCGCUGCCGCGCAAUAUAAACUUGAAUCCAACUCCAAUGCCAUUGCGCUCAUAACUGACGCCGCUGCCGUCGCCGCCGCUGCUGCUGCUGCACAGCCGCCAUCUCCAACCCCCUCGCCCGCCGAUCGAAUCGAAUGGUCACGCGCUACCAUUUUAAGCUUCAUAGAGGACUAUAGACGGCAGCGAGUACUCUGGGAUCCCAACACCAAGGGCUACCACAUCAAGCAAACCAAAUACGAGGCCCUCAAGCUUCUAAGCCAGAAAUAUGGCACUGAAAUACGCUCCAUACGAUCCAAGAUCAAGUCGCUGCGUUCCUCGUUUCAUCGGGAACACGGCAAGGUGCUCAAUGGACGCAGUCGUGGCAUUCACUAUCAGCCCAUGUGGUUUGCCUACGAGGCCAUACGAUUCAUUUUGGAUGGCGAACGUGAUGGCGGCAGUUCCUCGCUGGAUGCCGAUGAUGUCAAAGAUUUUGCAAGUGAAGCAGCAGUCGCCGCAGCGGCAGCAGCAGCAGCAGAAGCAACAACAACACCAGCCACAACACCCACUGUGUCCACGGAAACGGCCGAGAAAUUGGCGCUCAUGCAUAGUCUGGACCUGGAACAGCUGACAGGUGGCGGCGACGUCAAGCAACAGGUCAAAAUCCAUGCGCAUCCUCCACCAACACCAACUGUGGAUCAGCAACAUGAGGAGUUUGCUGCCAGGGUUGCCGCAGCAGUUGCUGCUGUGGCGGCUGCAGCAGCAGCUGCCUCCGCCAAUCACAUGGAUGCUGAGCCCGAGGCAGCGACGUCAAAUGGUUGCGCGGGCAGCGGCAGCGCCAGCGGCGCCACUGUGACCGCCUCAGCUGCUGUGACACGUUCCUCUUCCGAAUUGGAUGGUGAGAAUUAUUGCAAUAUCAGUGCCGAAGAUGUGAAAACAGAAAUUAUCGAGCACGACACAGUCGAGCUGAGCAUGCUCGAGCGCCCCAGCAGCACGCCAUCGCCCAUAAAUUACUAUAAGCCAACCGAUCUGACCUAUAAUCAUCGAAAGCGCAAAGCGCAACUGGAUGAGAAUGGCAGCAGCGAUGAGGGGGGCGAUGGGGGCAGCGGUGGUGGUGGUUGUGGUGUCGGUGUUGGUGUCGGCGGCAUCGGUGGCAUUGUCGGGGAGUGUGUAGUUGGGGCACUGACACUAACGCCGAUAAAACAGUCCCAGCUACAACAACAACAACAGCACCAGCAGCAGCAACAACAACACCAGCAGACACAGCAACAGAUGAACCACAAUCAACUCGCAUUACAUGCUUUGCAGCAGCAUUUUAACCACAAUAGCCACAGCCACAGCAAUGGCCAGAAUCACGCCCAGCAAUCACACCACCUCCACCUAAACCACCACCACCAGCAACACCAACAACACCAACAACAACAACAUUCCAACAUGCCACAAAAACGUGAUCGUGAUCGAGAUCUCUCGCCGGCUGCUGCCCACAGCAACAGCAGCAGCAGCAACAACAACAACAACAAUAGCCACCACAUCAAUAAUAAUAAUAAUAAUAACAACAACAAUAGCAGCAGCAGCAACAACAACAACAUCAAUCAUUCGUCCUUAUCCACGGGAUCGGGCAGCAGCAGCGGAAACUCAACACUGGCCAUCAGCUCGUCGAGCAUUGCCAAUAAGUCCAUCGGUUCGAAUGCGAAUGGUGGCAGCCAUCAUGUGGAUGAGUAUGGGGUCUUUGGUGAAUAUGUGGCCAUAACUAUACGCAAACUGAAAACGUCCAAGUCGAAGAUUGUCGUCAAGCACUUGAUCAACAAUUUGCUAUAUGAGGCAGAGCUCGGCAAAUACGACCAAGGUAUGCCGGCAUCCAAGGAGCCACCGCAACUAUAUAAGAUGCAUUAAAAACAAA